GCGGCACCGACGAAGGCGUCUUCCUCGUGGACGACGCCAUCUUCACGGCCAGCGAGGUGCAUCGGAUGACGCCGGAGGAGGAGCUUUCGAACAUCCAGCCGCGCCCGAUCGACGAGAUUCUGUACGUCGCGUCCGUCGUGGCGCAGCACCAGUUCCCUGUGGACGUGAUCAACAACAUUCUCGAGUUUGCGGGCGUGCUGCUGACGUUCCAGGCCGAGACCUCAGAUCUCCUUCGCGGCCGCGGUGACAUGAACGAGGACUAUCUGCAGCUGCAGCUGCCGACGGCUGAGGAGCUGCAGAUUCCGCCCGGAGUGGACGUGAGCAAGUGCUCGCUGGUGGUGGCGGACUGCGUGUCGAAGGACCAGGGGUGGGCCACGGACGGACGUGAGUACAACGGAACGUACCGCGAGUCAAGCUCAUGGUGCGAAGUGGCAGUGACGUCCGUGACUGCGGAGGGCGAGCUCAGGGAGACGAGUCGCGUGCCGUUCUAUCCCAAUCUCCGCGCCGGCAGGAACUUCCGCCACCAUCGCAAGUAUUUUGGCAGUUCCUCAGGGCUGUUGCAGCAUGUCAAGCUGGGCGACUGCGUGUCCAUCGUGCUGCGGUCGCAGUACCCUGGUUGGACGAACUCGGCCAAGUACGGCAGACUCGCGGUUUGCUUCGCUGUGGAGCUCACAGACGACUUCUCGUUUGCUGACGUCCCAUUCCCGACCAGUGCAGCCACUGAGGAGCGCGCAGGGCCUUCUAUCCCGUGCUCCAUCCAGUAGGUUGCCCCUGAUGGCACUCAGUGGAGGCGUUAGGUUUGUGGGGUGAUACCCUUAGUUCGACCCAACCAUUAAACUCUAGAAAAAUAAUAUAUACCAGCCAUCUU